CCUGUAGUUCCAGGUGGUCGCGUCGGAGAAGCGGAGAUUAUGGAGCAGAAGGUGGGGCUGUGUGUUGCUGCUCUGCUCGCUGUGAGCCUCUUCUGUCUCAGAAUACCUGCUGUGGCUCAAGCCCAGGCUGAGGACCUAGUAGAAGACAUCCUGGACGAUGACAUGGACGUGGAGGAUGACCUGGACCUGGGCCUGACAGGAGCAGGUGACGCUGAAGAGGAGGACCUUGAAAGGGAGAGAGAGUGGGAGGAGGUUUCAACUGCUCCCGAAGCACCCCCCACCCCCAAAGUGAUCUACAAAGCACCGGAGCCAGUUGGGGAACAUUUCUUCGCUGAGUCCUUUGACCGGGGGACGCUAGACAGCUGGGUGCUGUCCAGUGCCAAGAAGGAAGGUGCUGAUGAAGACAUUGCCAAAUACGAUGGUAAAUGGGCAGUGGAAGAGAUGAAGGACACUAAACUCCCCGGAGACAAAGGUCUGGUCCUGAAGUCUCGUGCCAAACACCACGCCAUCUCCGCCCAGCUCCUCAGACCCUUCAUCUUUGACAUCAAACCACUCAUUGUCCAGUAUGAGGUAAAUUUCCAGACAGGCAUAGACUGUGGUGGUGCCUACGUCAAGCUGUUGACUCAGACUCCGGACCUUGACCUGGACCACUUUGUAGAUAAGACUCCCUACACCAUCAUGUUUGGACCUGACAAGUGUGGAGAGGACUACAAACUGCACUUCAUCUUCAGACACAAAAACCCAAAGACAGGAGAGUUCGAGGAGAAACACGCCAAGAAACCUGACGUGGACCUCCGCACGUACUACACGGACAAGAAGACUCACCUGUACACCCUAGGUAAAAUGCCCGCACGCGAGCACACAGCAACAUACACAGAAACGCUCACACACACAUACUCAAAACGUUCUCUCUCCGAGGUUAGUCUGUCUCUUCAUGGCUGGUCGGUUUUGUGUCUCCCCCUAGUGGUGAAUCCUGAUAACAGUUUUGAGAUGCUGGUGGACCAGACUGUUGUGAACAGUGGCAACCUGCUGACUGACGUGACUCCACCAGUCAACCCCGCUGCUGAGAUCGAGGACCCUGAUGACCAUAAACCAGAGGACUGGGAUGAGAGGCCAAAGAUCCAAGACCCUGACGCAGUCAAACCUGUAGACUGGGAUGAGGAUGCUCCAGCUCAGAUUCCUGAUGAGGAGGCAGUGAAGCCAGACGGUUGGCUUGAUGACGAGCCGGAAUACAUUAGCGACCCUGAUGCUGUCAAACCUGAAGACUGGGAUGAGGACAUGGAUGGCGAAUGGGAGGCCCCUCAGGUUCCUAACCCCGCCUGCGAGUCCGCCCCGGGCUGUGGCACCUGGCAACGGCCCAUGAUUGACAACCCCAACCACAAGGGCAAGUGGAAGCCACCCAUGAUUGACAACCCCAACUACCAGGGUGUCUGGAAGCCCAGGAAGAUCCCCAACCCGGCCUUCUUCGAGGACCUGCAUCCAUUCAGGAUGAGCGCGUUCAAUGCUGUGGGUCUGGAGCUCUGGUCCAUGUCCUUUGACAUCUUCUUCGACAAUUUCUUCAUCACCAACGACCGCAACACAGCUGACCGCUGGGCCAAUGACGGCUGGGCGCUUAAGAAGGCAGCAGAGGGCGCCGCCGAGCCCGGCCUCGCUGCACAGAUGCUAAGCGCUGCUGAAGAGCGUCCCUGGCUCUGGGUUGUGUACGUCCUCACCAUCGCCCUGCCCCUCGUGUUGAUCAUCGUCUUCUGCUGCACCGGCAAGAAGAAGGCUCCAGCCACGACAGCAGCAGAGUACAAAAAGACAGAUGAACCUCAGCCAGACGUGAAGGAGGAGGAGGAGGAGGAGGAAGAGGAGAAGCAGCAGGAGCAGCAGGAGGAGGAAGAGGAGGAGGAGGAGAAGAAGGCUCCGGAGGAGGAGAAGAGUAGUCCAGCUGCAGAGAAGAGUGAUGGAGAGGACAGCCCUGCAGCGAAUGAGGGAGAGGAAGCAGAAAAGGAAGAAGAGAAGGAAAUGACGGCGGAAGAGAAGCUAGAUGACGACAUCCUGAGGAGAUCUCCCAGAAACAGGAGAGUCAGGAAGGACUGACGAGGCUCUGGACUCCAGGUGUCUGCAACAAGUCCUGAACUCAACCCUGCCCUAAACCCCGCACCCAAAACCGACAGUCUUGAUCUCAACCCCCGCCCCUAAGCCUUUCUCCUAAACUAACCUAACCUCUCCUCAACAACCCUCAACUUCCACCACCACUCACUCCUCCUGAGCUCCAAGCUCUACACCUCUCCCCAUCCCUGUCAUCCUCCUCACCUCCCCGAAAGGCAACCACCCUCCAUGGAGCCAUGGAAGCAGUGAAAGUCUCGUCAGACCAACAUGAAAGAAAGACUGGUGAUGAUGAUGAUGAUGAUAAUGAUGAUUCCAGUAUGAAGAAGAAUGAGUUGGCAAAGUUAAAGGGCUUUCUCAAAAGACGUACUUCCCGCAUCAUUCCGUAGCCUGUGAGCAGACUCAAACCCAUGGUACCGUUUUGCCCUCCCCACCCCACCCCAACCCCCAUCCCGAACUGCCCACCAUCUGCUCCAUACCCACCCAGAGCUCGCCUGUAACAACCCGAACCUGACCAACCACCUCGCUAGCAAUCCUGACCAGCUGUCGGCUACAGAGCGCUAGCAGUCGCUCAGCUCCCUGGUAAAAAAAAAGACAAAAACAAAACAGCUGAAGGCCAACACUACAGCUUGUAGCUUUAGCCACAUCCUUCAUCCUCUUUAUUCUCUCUCUCUCUCUCUCUCUCUCUCUCCCUCUCUCUCUCUCUCUCUCUCUCUCUCUCUCUCUCCGUCUUUCUCAGUCUCAUUAUUUGCCUCUUUCUCUCUCCCUUCUUCUAUUUCAGAGUCAGAGAGAGAGGGGAUAGCUACAUGUAGCAUGGAUACUGAAGUUUCAUUCCAAAAAAAUCGGUGUUCUUGUUGUUGUAGACGCUGCUCUUAACGGGUGUGCAGAUUUGAGUCUCGUCCGUGUUUUUGUUCUGCUAUUUAAUGCUGUGAUGCCAUGAUGGAAAGGGGUCAGAGGUCAAGAUUCGUACACUGCUUUACAUGGUCCACGAGAGCCAGGUUUUUGACUUUUUUUUUUAAUACUGUGUACAAGGAGUUUUUGUUUGUUUUCUAACUUUCUAAAAUUCUAUUGAUGCUGUAUUUUCUUCUCAUGAUGUACUUCGUAGGGUUAUGUAUGUGACAAACAAUUUGUGUAGGAAUGUUGAGUAUUUUCUGGUUGUACCGGGAGGGAGACAGCCACAGACAGUCAGUCCAGUGGUGGAAGGUGAUUGAUGGUUAACGCUAGCGGGCUUCUGGGUGAAAGUUCAUGUUUGUCAGACCUCCGUUGUUGCUCAGCACCAGCCCACGAUUUUAAACUAAAAAACGAAAUCUAGCUGUCAUGUCACCAACUUGAUGCUCUUCCUGUCAGGGUAAUGAGUUGGCUGGGUGGUAGCAUAGACACCAAUGUAUUAUGCCCACCCCCUCCAUUACACCACCUCUAAGCACCCACAUCUAAAGAGUUGGCACGUGUUACGGUAACAGGCAAGCAUAGUGAACACGUGGAGUUGGGACUCUACCGCCACCCGCUGGCUGCUAACUGUUUGUUUGUGGUUGGCAAGUUCGCCUGCUCCACACUGCAAAAAAUGAAAUCUUAAAAAGUGAAAAUAUCUCGUAUUUAGUACAGUAAGUCCAAUAUUAUGUAGAAUUACCUUGAAUUAUCUUAUUCCACUGGCAGAUAAUUUUGCUUAUUUCAAGUUUUGUUUUUGGUUUUUUUCCCCUGAUUGUGGUCAAUUUGAUCUUGUUUUAAGAAAACAAGAUUAACAUUUGUUUAAAACAAGAUUAAAUUGACGAAAAUCAAGAAAAAACUGGAAAUAAGCAAAAUAUGGGACUUAUUGUACCAAAUACAAGAUAUUUGCACUUGAUAAGAUUUAAUUUUUUGCAGUGCAGUAGGUCGUUUUAACAGGUGACCAACCACCAUUCGGGAGAGGAGCUGUAGUUGGCUGAUGAAAUAAAGAAAAAGAAAAAAAAACAUUUGGGGGAUUUAAGGGUGUAGCUGUCAAACAGGUUUCUAGUCAUAUUUCGAAAGGCUACAUACUCAUCAUUCAGAUCCACAUUUGACUAGCAAGCUGUGUGGUGAAUGAGCAUGGGCGGUCACAUAACAAACAGAUGAUAUCUCCAUGCUGUGGGCGGAAGAGACACAAGAACUUUAAAAUCAUGUUAGUAGUGACAAGAAAAAUUAGAUUUUGUUUAAGAUCGGAGCGAUUAGAGGUGUUUUGUCUGUUGCUGUCAUGCUUUCCUGUGACCACAAAUGGCCGAUCACCUUCAAACAAGAUGCUGAGUGCAGAAGCAGCCGGCAGGGUAUGGGUGGUCUUUAUUUCAAUGUCAGUGACCUUUAACCUUUUCUCAUAGGGUGAAUACAAGUUACUAGGUUUUCACUUUAAAUUGAGAUUAGUCUUUCUGUACUACGGUUGUGUCUUUGGGGCCAAGUGGGGGCCGAGCUCUGCUUUUGGCAAGGUUUUGAAACUGAGCAAGCCACCAACCAUCCCAUGAGAGACAGUCAGAUGAAACAUUCAGCAGAAGUGAAUCAUGAACAUUUUGAACAUCCUUUUUGGGCCCCCACCCCCUGUUGGUAUCAACUUAAGUUUUUUAUUUUUUGUUUAUCUUUUAGAUGUGUCGUCCGAAAGCUGCCUAGAUAACAGCCUUCUAGACUGAAUAGUGCACUGUAUCUGAUGGUGAAACAUCACAUGAAUCUAUAACUGCAGUUUUUUUUUUUUGUGUUUGAACUGAAAAAUGGUUCACCUGGCCUGGUCUCUGAUUAACCCCACACACUAGAGAGAGAGCGAGAGGAGUCAUUGUGAUGGACAGGUCUAACUUUGAGUCGAAUGGUGGCGUUUAGAGACACUGUGCUGAUCCCGAAGAGUUGUGUUGCGUAGCCACUGCGUAGCAGGUGUUGCUACGCAGUCAUCUCUGAAUGAUGCCAUUUGUUUUGAUGAAUAAAAAGGCCUAAUGGAGA